ACUCUUCCUGCAGAUAAGCUCCCGCUCGCCUCGAGACGCAGCUGCAAUCAAUGGCGACCGUAACAUCCACGCCCUUCUCCUCCCAAUCGUCUUUCCGGCGCACGUUAGGGUUUCGGGCGCACUUUAACGUCUCCUGCCGUUCUCAUAAAUCCUCGCUCUCUCCUCUUCCGAAGACGCUGAUGGCAAUAGAGAACUCCGGCGUCAUCGCAUGCCUUCGCGCCCAAAGUGCUGAGCUGGCGAGAGAAGCUGCUCAUGCAGCACUUGAAGGUGGCAUUUCAGUUCUGGAGAUUGUGACGUUGACGCCAGGUGUGUUUGAGGUGAUACAAGGACUUGUUCAUGAUCAUCCAACAUCUGUGAUCGGAGUUGGAACUGUCUUAAAUACUAAGGAUGCAAGAAAUGGCAUGAAAGCUGGGGCCAAGUUUCUCAUGAGCCCUGCUACUGUCAAGGAAAUCUCAGAUGAUUUCCAUGGUAGUGAUGUUCUGUACAUCCCUGGAGUGAUGACUCCAACAGAAGUAUUGAAUGCGUAUAAUGCUGGUGCAAGAAUAGUCAAGGUUUAUCCAAUCUCAGCAUUAGGCGGUGCUCAAUAUAUUUCGGCACUCAAGAGACCAUUUUCUCAUAUUCCAAUGGUUGCUUCCCAAGGCAUAACAAUAGAUUCAGUAGAGACAUACAUUGCUCAAGGGGCAUCUGCAGUUGUAUUAUCUGAUGCUAUAUUCAAUAAAGAAGCAAUGAGGCUGAGGAACUUCAGUGCAAUAUAUGAACUUGCUCGGCGUGCCACUUUGCAUGGUUAUGAAGCCGUAAAUCGGAAAAGGGCAGAGAAUCAAUUCGUCGCUGUGUAGUAAACAACUUUCAUGAUUUCACCUACACCAUAACAAACUCAACUAAGUCGAGGAUGCUGCAACACCAAUUCUAAAAUCAUGCAUAAGUUUCUUAUGUAGCCUGUCUCGCAUAGAGUUCACAACAUGGACGGUUCUGAUCGUUGGACCACUCAGCAUGUAGACUCCGGUGUGCAGCGACACUGAUUAUUUUAGUGUAUGCUGAUGAUAUAACAGUUACGGGUGAUGAUGAUUAAGACAUUGAAUAGCUGAAAUGCAAUCUUAAAACAUGAUUCGACAUAAAAGAUCUUGGUAAAUUGAAGUAUUUCUUGAGUAUAGAAAUAACUUCUUCAAAAAAUUAAAAUUUUCUUAUCACAAAGGAAAUAUGCAUUAGAUCUCCUGAAAGAGAUAAGAAAGUUAGCUAUAAAGCCUGCCGAUAAUACAGUCGAUUGCAAUGUUUGGCUUUUUGAAUAAAUGGAAAAGCCCAUAUAAGAUCUCAACGACUGGUCGGACGAUCAUAUAGCUUACUAUUGCCCAUACAGACAUUGUGCAAGCCAUUUCUUUGGUCAGCCAAAUCAUGCCCGGGCCAUUAUUGAUUCACAUGAAAGCUGUAAAUCGAAUCCUUUGAUACCUAAAGGGUUCUCCCAAAAAAUGAGUGCUAAUGAAAUGUAAUGGGUAUCUAAAUAUUACGAGCUAUUCAGAUGUUGAUUGGGCAUGUUGUCCUUUUGACAAAAGGUCUAGGAUUGGUAUGUGUACCUUUAUUGGUGGAAACUUAAUUACAUAAAAAAGUAAAAAAAACAAAGCAUUGUUGCUUGGUCUAUGCAGAAGUAGAGUGUAGAGCAAAUGGCCUCAACCACAUGUGAACUUAUCUGGAUAAAAGCUCUACUUAAGGACAUGGAUUUUCAUAAUGACAAGCCUAUUGAUUUAUUUUAUGACAAUCACACAACUAUUCAUAUUUCAAUUAAUCAUGUGU